GUUGCAUGAUCCUCGAUCGCGAAUAAGGAUUAUGCUUGCUCGUACGAUGUCCUUUUAUUGAAACUUAUAAGACGCCAUUAUAUUUCAACAACAUCAACUUUCUUCUCAUCCACCAUGUCCGUCUACCAAGCAACAACAUCUGCACCAGUCAACAUCGCCUGCAUAAAAUACUGGGGCAAGCGCAAUGAGUCCCUCAUCCUGCCCACCAACUCCUCUCUCUCCGUUACUCUGAGCCAGGAUAACCUCCGGAGCACAACCACUGCACGCGCUGACCCUUCCUUUGCCGCUGAUUGCCUUUGGCUCAAUGGCAAGGUAGACCCAAUCAAAGCCGGCGGUCGUCUGCAUACAUGCAUCUCCGAAAUGAAGCGUCUCCGUGCAGCCUUCGAAGCAGCAAAUCCCGAUCAACCAAAGAUCGCAACCUUCAACGUGCACAUUUGUUCCUUUAAUAAUUUCCCCACCGCAGCAGGUCUUGCUUCCUCCGCUUCAGGCUUCGCAGCCCUCGUAUACGCACUCGCUAAACUCUACGCCCUCCCCCAAACCCCUGAAGAACUCAGCCUCAUCGCCCGUCGCGGAUCCGGUAGCGCAUGUCGCUCCCUCUUCGGCGGCUUCGUCGCCUGGGACAUGGGCAGCGACGACACAACCGGGCUAGACAGCAAAGCCCGUCAAGUCGCCCCAGAAUCCCACUGGCCCGAGAUGGAAGCCCUCAUCUGCGUCGUCAACGACGCCAAGAAAGGCACUAGCAGCACCAGCGGUAUGCAACGCACUGUCGUUACUUCCGCACUCCUCCAGCACCGCAUUGGAUCCGUCGUUCCCUCCCGCAUGGCAGACAUCGAGAGUGCCAUCGCAGACAAGCGUUUCGGUGACUUUGCAGAGAUCACCAUGAGGGACUCGAACCAGUUCCAUGCUGUCGCUCUUGACACUUACCCGCCUAUUUUCUACAUGAACGAUGUUAGUCGCGCCAUUAUCGCCAUCAUCACCGAGUACAAUCGCCUCUCGGAGCAGCCCAAGGCUGCUUACACGUACGAUGCUGGCCCAAACGCCGUCAUCUAUGCGCUCACGCCCAACGUCCGUGAGAUAGCACAGCUUGUUCUGUACUACUUCCCCCAAGCAGAGAAAGUCGUCAUUGGAGGGCAGGAGGUACAUGCUGCAUUGCCAGAAGGAUUCAACGAGGCUGUUGCCAAGCAGUGGGAGGUGGGCUCUGUCAAGGGGCUUAUUCACACCCGUGUAGGUGACGGCCCCCGAGUUUUGAGCCACAGUGAGGCGCUGUUGAAUGCCCAGGGCCUCCCUAAAACACUUGCUUGAGUAAAAAUAGAACAGCUAUCGAUGCAUGAUCUUUUGUACCUUAGUGGAACUUAGCCUUUAUGUAGAACGUGUUGCAACAAUAGAU